AGUAUUCAAAUGAAGGUAAUCAGUGUUAAUGACUGCAAUCGUCUCUGAUUGUAGACACUGAGUUUCUCCUGAUCUGAUUAGAACCACUAACUUUUGCUGAAAUCCACUGAAGGCUGAUUGGCUCCCCAGUGACGUAGUAAACCCCCUCCCGUCUCUCUCUCUCUCUCUCUCUCUCUCUCUCUCUCUCUCUCUCGUUCUCUUCACUUCAGAGCAGAGUUUCUCCUGAGAGGAGGCGCGCAGAGCGAUGAGCGAUACUGUCCGCUUCUGGACGUUCCUUCAGCUCGUACUGGGAUUUCUGGACUGAACCUAAACCCGUUGAUGGAGAACCGAACUGACACGAACCGAGUUUCAACCGAGUUUCGUCAACUUUCAAGCGACAGUGGCUGAAAGCAGUGCAACAUCGUGAAAACCGGCCGCUGUCACCUCGGAGCGAACUUCACGAAGAAGGUGAGCCGCAGUUCACGAGCUUGAGAUGGAAACUAGCCAGAAAGCGUCUGUUAGCUAAAACAGCUAAACGCCUAUCUCGGAGAAGUGGCUGUUUCCUGUCGCUCAGCGCGAUAUAAGGCAACUUCAAAGCGUUUUGCGAAAUGUCAGGCGAGAAGUGUGACCAGUAAAACCAGCUUGGCCGAAGAGUUUCGCCCGGACUUUUGCCUCAGCGUUUCGGCGGCCAGAAUACCAGAGCAAACAGCGAUGGCCGGAGGGAGCAGCUCCCACAUGAAAACUUUGGAGGAUCUGACUUUAGACUCGGGCUACGGCGCCGGAGACUCGUGCAAGUCCCUCAGCCUCUCCUCCUCCUCCAAAUCCACCUCGCAGGCCUUCGUGAACGCCCCUCACCGGGGCACCUGGUGGUACUACUCGGGCUCCAUGAACAGCCGAAAUAACAGCUGGGACACCGUCAACACCGUCCUCCCCGAGGACCCCGAGGACAUUUUCUCCAAAUGCCCGCGCCUGCCCGAGCUGGAGGAGUUCCCGUGGACCGAAGAGGACGUGGGAAACAUCCUGCGCCGCGUCGCGGGCGAGGGCGCUUCAUUCUCGCCCGAGGCCGUCCGGAGGCUCUCGGUGCUCCUGCGCCGGGCCCUGGUGCGCAUCGCCCGCGAGGCUCAGCGGCUCAGCGUGGCGCACUGCCGCUGCACGCGCUUCGAGGUACAGAGCGCCGUCCGCCUCGUGCUCAGCUGGCCUCUCGCGGACCGCUGCGUGUCGGCCGCUGUGCGCGCCGUGUCCACGCACAGCAUGAGCGCCGGAGAGCCGCUGCGCAGGGGCAAGUCGCGCCGCUGCGGCCUCGCGCUGCACGUGGGACGCUUCUUUCGCUGGAUGGUGGACACGCGUGUGUCCGUGCGCGUGCACGAACACGCGGCCAUCUGUCUGAGCGCGUGCGUGGAGGCGCUCGUGGAGGAGGUGGGCGCGCGCGCGCUGGCAGCGGCUACGGGAGACGGAGCGCCCAUUACGGCCGAAGCGCUAGAGGGGGUCGUGAACAACGACGCAGAGCUGUGGGGGGUCCUGCAGCCCUAUGAGCAUCUCAUCUGCGGGAAGAACGCCAACGGCGUGCUGUCACUUCCGGCACACUUCAGUCCGUACACAGAGGGCCAACAGGCUGGGGUGGAGAGCAGAGAGGAUGCGUACGCACAACUGGAGCUCCGUACCCUGGAGCAGUCUCUACUGGCCACCUGCGUGGGCAGCAUUUCUGAACUGAGUGAUCUGGUGUCUCGGGCCAUGCAUCACAUGCAGCGUCUGAGCUCUGUGCGACCCGGCCUCAGUCCAGCCCGCCACGCCCGCCAGCAGCCUGUCUCCUGGUCUCCUGAUGCCCUCCACACGCUGUACUACUUCUUACGCUGUCCUCAAAUGGAGUCAAUGGAGAACCCCAACCUGGACCCACCUAGGAUGGCCCUAAGCAAAGAGAGACCCUUCCUCCUGCUCCCACCCCUCAUGGAGUGGAUGCGGGUGGCCAUCGUACACGCUGAGCACCGCCGCAGCUUGUUGGUGGACAGCGAUGAUGUCCGACAAACAGCGCGCCAGCUCCUGCCUGGGCUGGACUGUGAGCCCAGGCUAUUAAAGCCAGAAUGCUGUUUUAGUUCCUUCAGAAGGCUGGAUGCCAAGGCCGCCACUGAUAAGUUCCAGCUGGACCUGGGCUUUCGCAUGCUUAACUGUGGUCGUACUGAUCUGAUAGGCCAGGCCAUCGAGCUGCUUGGGCCGGAUGGGGUCAACAGCAUGGAUGAUCAGGGCAUGACCCCUCUGAUGUAUGCUUGCGCAGCUGGAGACGAGGCUCUGGUCCAGAUGUUGAUUGACGCCGGAGCCAAUCUGGAUGUAGCAGUGCCAGUGUGCUCCCCUAAACACCCCUCAGUCCACCCUGACAGUCGCCGCUGGGUGGCUCUCACAUUUGCAGUGCUUCAUGGGCACAUCUCUGUGGUACAGCUUCUCUUGGACGCUGGCGCAAGUGUGGAGGGAGCAGCGGUGCGUAAUGGGCAGGAGAGCUGUGCAGACACCCCGCUACAGCUGGCCUCUGCAGCAGGGAAUUAUGAGAUGGUGAGUUUGUUGUUGGCGCGGGGUGCUGACCCCUUGCUGAAGACUCAUGAAGGAAACGUCCUUACGUCAUCGCUCUAUGAGGACAUGAACUGCUUUAGUCACGCUGCUGCACAUGGCCACAGGAAUGUACUGAGGAAGCUCCUCUCUCAGCCACAGCAGGUGAAGGAGGAUGUGCUCUCCCUGGAGGAGAUUUUAGCGGAGGGUGUGGAGAACGAAGCAGGGGGACCCAGCAGGAAUGGCGAUAUCCCACCCUCUCCUAACCCAAGUCUGGCCUCAGAGGGGGGACAGCCUCGCCUCUGCAAGGCUCGUAUGAAGGCCCUUCAAGAGGCAUCAUUCUACAGCGCUGAGCAUGGCUAUCUGGAUGUCACCAUGGAGCUUCGGUCACUGGGAGUGCCCUGGAAGCUGCAUGUGUGGCUGGAGUCCUUGCGCAGUGCGCAGCUGCAGUCCAGAGCCGCUGUCACACUCUCUCUAUUGCGAGAUUUCACCUCCAUCAGGGAGGAGGAUUACUGCGAAGAGCUGCUCUCUGUUGGCCUACCACUGAUGUUCAGCAUCCUCAAGAGCAGCAAGGUACCAAGCACAUACACACUAACACUGCAGGCUCCAAAAAUAAUGGAGAAGUCUCACAUCUUGACUGCUAUUUAUUGUCUGUCUCUGUGUGCACAGAAUGAAGCUAUAAUCCAGCAGUUAGGCUCCAUCUUCAGUCACUGCUAUGGACAGGCUCCCAUUCCUCUCAUUCUAGAGAUGAAGUCCACUCUCUCAGCACAGCUCGACCCUCACUUUCUGAAUAACCAGGAGAUGUCGGAUGUAACAUUUCUGGUGGAGGGGAAGCCGUUCUAUGCUCAUAGGGUUCUGCUGAUUACAGCAUCUGAGAGGUUUAAGUCCCUUCUGGGCUUCAACAGUUCUAAUAGCUCUCAGCACUGCAAGGAUAUUGAGAUCAGCGAUGUGAAAUACAACAUUUUUCAGGUGAUGAUGUCAUACUUGUACUGUGGGGGGACAGAAUCUCUGAAGCUGGCCAUACCGGCAUUGCUGGAGUUGCUGUCAGCGGCCAGUUUAUUCCAGUUGGCAGGACUUCAACGGCACUGUGAACAGCUGUGUGCUCAGAACAUCGACCUGGACAACGCAGUCAGUAUUUACAACACUGCCAAGGCACACGGGGCAGCAGAGCUGAGUGCAUACUGUGAGGGCUACUUCCUCCAGAACAUGGGUGAACUUCUGGAGAGAGAGAGUUUCCGGGGGCUACUCUGUGGACCCACGACACGCUCAUGCCCAGUGAGAGACAUGCUCCUGGAGGAACUAGAGGCUACUCUAACCUGCAGGCUCCGUUCACUCCACAUCACCUCUCGCGUGUGAGAUGAGACCACAGAGAAGCAUGAGAUGGAAAAAUUAAGGUUGAGGUGGAUAAUGCUGGGAAAGCCAGAGAGCAAAAAAGAAAGGAGGAAGCAGUAAAAAUAAGAAAGUGGAAGAAGAAAGAGAAGCAGAGGAGGAUAAUGUGGUUGGACACAAAGAAGCUGGAUGUGAAUGUUGAGCAAUGUGGGCAGAAAUAAUGACAACCGAUUCAUGCAUUGGGAGCAACAAUGGACAAAGCAAGACUGCACAAGUGUGUAAAGAUAUUUUUUUUAUAUAUAUACUGAAUGCAGUGGCAUUCUUGUAGCUAAAGCUAUCAAACUUUAGAAACCCUAAAAUUGUGUCUGAGGAACAGCCCACCCGCUAUACUCUGACAAGGGUCCAUUUUGUAAAGAGUUCAUAUGGUAGUUUUCGUGCUGAAUGGAGUGGGAAAAAGGAGAUUUUUAUAAGCUAAAUUACAACAAAUGUAUUGGAGAAAAAAUGGACAUUUUCUAUUUAAAAAUAAUGUGAGAUUAUUUAAGUUCCCUUUUUAUUGUGCUCUAUGCCAAACAAAUAAAAUAAUAUAACAUUA